AUGGGCCCCUCAAUACACCAUCCUCGGAAGGAGCUUGGAGGUUACCAUCAACAUGCGCAGGUAGCUGCAGCGUACGAAGAUUGCCGGCAGACCUUCGACCAGCUUUCUUCGGUUAUGGAGGCGAACCGUCAAGUAUGGGAGGGCAAUGCUGAUUUCUUGGAGAGCUUCAAAAACAGCCUGGUACAUUGGGCCAACGUCCACCAUGCCGAAAAUGGCUCGCUUGACCAUGCUCUGCGUAAGAGCUCAGAUCUGCGAGAUCGAGUUGUUGAUCUCCUCGAGAGCCUCAACCACAAGCUGCAGAAUGGCAAGUACCCUCGAUAUUCGUCGCUCUAG